AUGUAUUUCAUCAUAUUAUAUCUUGUUGUUUUCAACAUACAAUUAAUCCAUACAGAAAAUACUAUUAAUUUAAUAAAUGAACUUGAUUUAAAUUUUGGUCAUAUAUGGAGUCAACGUGAUGAUAUGUUAACUGUUUAUUUUAAUAUAUCAAAUUUAACAUUUAAAGAAUAUCGUUAUUAUUAUUAUGAUUUUCGUCCAUUUGCUUUACAAAAUUCAACAGAAUAUUUUCCAAGACAACGUUUAAUUGAUACACAAAAUUCUUUACGUAUUAUUGGUUUACAUGAAGGUGAUUAUGUUUCAUGUGUAUCAUUUAUAGAUGAAUAUGAAAAUAUUUUAAAACCACGUUAUGCAUGUUAUGAAUUUACAUUAGGUGAAAAAACUGUUGGUUCACAUCAUAGUGCUUGGUCUGGUCAUUUAGCACCAUUAUUAUUAGCUGUUGCUUUUGUUAUACAUGUAAUUAUAGUGGUUGUUCAUCAUAUAAAAGCAAAAAAUUAUGCACAUAAAUUAUUACAACGUUUUAUAGAUGUAAAUCCCAAAGCAACAAGAAAAAUAAUUAAUGUUAAACGUUCAUUAAAACAACUUGAUCAUCCACAUAUAUCAGCAUCAGUACAACGACGACUUUCUCGAGUUACAAUUGAUGCAAAUGAAGAUGAUAGAAAUGAUUUUUCAAUGAACAAUACGGAUGAGGAUAUACCAAUUUAUGUUUUACCUCAUAAUCGAAGAGUUAGUUUAGGUGUUAUGCAAACAAUACGUGAACAAAAUCCAUAG